AUGCUGUCGGAUGCUAUUCGUAAAGUCAGAUAUUUCUUUUCAGCAGAAGCUUUGGAUGCUCGUAUUUCACCCGAUCCUGAAUUGAAGAAACGUUAUAAACUGUUAGCAAAUGGUAAUAAUAGUAACGGUGUAUCUCGGCCCUUAUGGAAUACCCUAGAAUUCAAGUUCUACUAUUUAGCGUUCAUCACUGUGAUACCUAUGAUGUUCAUAACCGCUAUGAGUGCAAGCAAUGAAACAAAUGAAGCUAAUUACUACAAAUUCGAGAGAUUAUUGUCUCAAGGUUGGUUAUUCGGCAGGAAAGUCGAUAAUAGCGACGCUCAAUACAGAUUUUUUAGAGAUAAUUUCUUCUUAUUAUUACAAUUGAUGUCUGCUCAUUUGAUCAUCAAAAAAGUAACAUUAUCUGUAAAUAAAACAUUAUCAAAGUUAAGAUUUGAUUUUAUCUUCGGAUUAAUUUUCCUAUUUGCUGCACAUGGUGUUAAUGCCGUUAGAAUCAUUAUUCACAUACUGAUCAUGCAUUCAAUCUCCCAUUUCUUCAAGAAAAAUAAGACUGUAGCUGCCUCUUUGACUUGGUUAUACGGUAUUUCCACUCUUUUCAUUAAUGACAAAUACAGAGAGUACCCUUUCGGUAACAUUCUAUCUAUUUUAUCACCAUUAGAUCAUUCUUUCAAAGGUAUCAUCGAAAGAUGGGAUGUCUUUUUUAAUUUUACUCUGCUAAGAUUGUUGAGUUACAACCUUGAUUAUUUGGAACGAUGGAAUAGUCAAUUCAUGAAAGAUACUCCAGUAGAAACUCAGAUUGAUAGUGAUAUUGGUUUGAAAAAUUCACGUCCUGAAUUUAAAAGAACGUCUUCCACUUUGAAAACGAUACAAGAAUCUGGUAAAGAAGAGCUUUUGAAUGAUAGAGCAAGAUUGGUAGCUCCUUUGCAUAUACAGGAAUACGAUAUCUUCAAUUUCAUCGCUUACGUUACUUACACACCAUUGUUUAUUGCCGGACCCAUCAUUACUUUCAAUGACUACAUUUAUCAAUCUUACCACACAUUGCCAUCAAUUAACAGCAAAAGAAUUCAAAUAUACGCCAUUAGAUUUAUUUUAACGGUACUUUCAAUGGAAUUUAUGCUACAUUACACGUACGUAGUUGCAGUUUCUAAGACAAAAGCGUGGCAAGGUGACACACCAUUUCAAAUUUCCAUGAUUGGCUUGUUCAAUUUGAAUAUAAUUUGGUUGAAAUUAUUGAUACCAUGGAGAUUAUUCCGUUUAUGGGGUUUGUUGGAUGGAAUUGAUACUCCAGAAAACAUGAUUCGUUUAGUUGACAACAAUUACAGUGCCAUGGCAUUCUGGAGAGGCUGGCAUCGUUCCUACAAUAAAUGGAUUGUCCGUUAUAUAUACAUUCCAUUAGGUGGUUCGAAUAAUAGAAUAAUGACAUCCCUGGCAGUUUUCUCCUUUGUAGCAAUUUGGCAUGAUAUUCAGCUAAAACUGUUAUUCUGGGGGUGGCUAAUUGUCCUCUUUUUAUUACCUGAGAUUUUCCUAACUCAAUAUUUCAUGCAGUAUAAAACUAAAUGGUGGUAUAGGCAUAUUUGCGCACUCGGUGGUGCAGCUAACAUUUGGAUGAUGAUGAUAGCAAAUUUAUUUGGGUUCUGUCUCGGCUCAGAUGGUACUAUGGAACUAUUACGCGAUAUGUUUAGUACUGUCGCUGGUUUCGCAUUCUUUAUCAUUGCAACCGGUUGCAUCUUCAUUGGAGUUCAAGUCAUGUUUGAAUUAAGAGAAGAAGAAAAGAGAAAUGGUAUAAACUUGAAGUGUUGA